AUGAAUUACAUUAUUGCACUCGCAUCGGCUCUCAGCCUGCUCACCACCGCACUGGCCGUCCCCCUCUCGGAACGCCAGGGUGCCCAGACGGUGCACCUCACCUUCCACUGCGGGCCAGCCGAGUACUCGAUGGCCUUCCCCGCCGACGGGACCGUCUACUCGACAAACGAAACGGACAUGGCCGUCAACAUCAUCGACGCACCAGACUACAACGCCUAUGGGCAGUGCCAGUUCAUGACGGCCGGCCAGGCCACGCUUGCCAGCGGCUUCUCGUCUACGGGCGUCAACCAGAUCCACAUCGGCCCGCCCCAGCCCGUGCUGGGCGUCAGCUGCCAGGGCAUGUGCGUGCCCACGUACGGCGAGUGCUUCCGCAAUGGUCAAUAUGUCGGACCCUGCUGCAACGGGUUCUGCGCGGCCAACCGCUGCCGGCCGUGGGUCAACCCUUCCGUCUAA